CCACUUCGUAUCUUAUGCCAAAAAAUGUUAUUCUUAUUUUAGACUUUAUGUAUGGUGGUAAAGCAGAAGUUCAAAUUACAUUAUCAUUCUCGUAAUGAUUCACGAGGUUUCGUUACUGAAGAUGUAAUAAUUAGCUCAAGAGGAGGCCAUAAUAUUAAUGUUGGAGAUGUUAUUGAAGUUUACCAUCCUGAAGAUGCACAUCAUGCUCUUUUCUUGGUUACAACUUUCAGUGAUGAUUUGCAAAAUCGUGAUGUCAUUAGUGUAGAACAAAGUCUUGCACAUACAUUUAAAUUGCAACAACAUAAAAAUGUGAUUGUAAAUGUGAUAAAUAAAGAAACUAUUUCACUGGAUUUAGUUGAAUUAUACUUUCGAGAUCAAUACUUCAGUCGAAGAGAUUUCUGCAAUAUUACACAGAAAUUAAUUGGUACUGUUGUACAUGUGAAUAAAAAGCUCACUUGUAAUGAAACAAGAACACAGGUUGGUGAUUUAUGGCGCCUUGGUGAAAGAUAUUCUUGUGGAUAUAUAGAUUCAAAAACUAAAAUUAUUUUUCGUUCUUCCACAGCAGUUAUACACAUUUUCAUACAAAUGAGUCAAGAAAUGUGGUGGUUCGAUAAUAAUGGUGAUCUUUACCUAGAGAAAGCUUUCAAAUUUUUAUCAAAAUUGUUUUUAAAAUUUUGGCCUGAAAAUAAUUGUAAUCAUGAUACAACUGUUGUAUUCUUUACUCGUAUCUAUAUUGACGAUGUACCUUCUGAAUACUCUCAGUCGUUUAAACAAGAUGCCUUAAGUAGAUAUUAUGAAGAUUUUUACAGAGUGAUUAUACAAAAUGAACGUUUUACAACAGAUGAUUGGAAACGAGAACUUGGUCGAAUGCAAUAUGAAAUACUUCAAUUUGAAAAUAAUAUUUAUUCUUAUUUACGCAAUACUUAUCCAUUAAUUAAUAAGAACUCAAAUAAAACAAAGUUAAAUAUAUGUACAGCUAUGGAUGCUAAUCUCUUGGAAGUAUUGAAUAUGGCUAUCAAUCUUUAUUCGGGAUAUAAUAUUGAUCGAAAUUUUGAUCGUACUGGUAAACUUCUAUUUGUAAUUACACCAGGUUCUGGUGUCUAUCAUGUCAAUGAAAAUCUUUUAUUGUUAACAAAAAAACGAGUUCUUGAUUUAGGUGUUGGAGUAGAUUUAAUCUGUUUGGCAGAACAACCUCUUCAUGCAGUUCCAUUGUUUAAAAUUUUAUCUGAAUCUUUUAUAAAUCCAGAAGAAUAUGUUGCACCUCAUUGGAUUAAUUGCAGCUAUUUUAAAUCAGCACAAGAAUUGAAAUAUAUUGAAAUGGGCAAACCAUUUCCACGGGUUAAAGUUGUUUCUUUUAAACAUUCAAAUGAGGUACCCAUUUCGGCAUUUAUCAAUAAUCUACCAAGAGAUGAUCAUGAACCUGGUAAUCAGCAAAAGAACGUCUCAAAGGAAAAUUUUGAUGAUACUAUUCCUACGACUACAUUUAUUACUAUCACUAAGUCAUCUCUUCCUAUCUACCGUAUCGCCUAUCCACCAUAUCAAUCACCAUCUAACCAAAACAAACGUAAAAAAUCACAUCAACUACCGAAUGAAGUAAUCAGUGGGAAUAUAACAAAAUCUCACGAUUCCAUAACAAGUGAUUAUUGUUCACCAUCAACUGUUCGACAUCAGCUGGAUGAUAAUCCUUCACAUAUGAUAUCAUCUAUAACAGAUCAGUCAUCUUCCGUAGAAUCAAAUCUUAUACCUAUUUGUUGCUUGAAUUAUACAACACAAAUUUCAAAGAAUGCAAUAACAGCUAUUUGCAAAUCUAAACAAAUUGUUUCAACAUCAUCAUCAUCAUAUAGGAAUUUAUCACGAAGUUAUGAUUCGUAUAUCACGUCUAAUGGUUCUAUAACUCCUCUAGUUAGUUCAACUAAUGUUAGCGGUAUCGGCUUUGGUAUUACCAGUCAUAGUCAGAUUGUUAAUAUAGAUAAAUACCAACCAACUAAUCACAUACAUACGUCAUUGUCACGUGUCUCAUCUAUUGGUGGUAGUAAUAACAGUGGUAGCGGUAGUAUUAGUGGUUAUACAACAAUUACCUCGCUCCCAUCGGUUCGUGAACGCUGUAUAGAAAAUAGUCAAUUAAUAACUGAUAAAAAUCAGAUUUUAUCAAUUCCAGUGACAUUACGGAAUGCAAGAAAUCGAACACAAAGUUUUAAUGGAGAACAAAGAACAAAAUUAUCAUAUAUCGAUAAUCAUGCCAAUUUCAGAGAGAUUCCUAGUUCUGUGAAUGAGGCUAAUUAUAAUGUAAAUAGUGCUGAAGUUGCAUAUCUACAUGAAAAUGCUAUUUCUCGUUGUCGAACAAUGGAUGUUAUUUUAUCAGAUGGACAACCAUCUCCAAGUUCAUGGAAUAGCAUCACUCCUCAACAUUUUACACUACGUAGUUGUAAUUCAAUAGAUCGUCGUACUAAUGGUACCCUAUCAUUAUCUGGAUUAAAUUCUCAUACUUUACCAUUUAUUCGUAGAAAAUCAACGAUUACAUUAUAUUCAGCAAUAACAACCACUACUACUAAUAAUACUACUAAUACUAAUACUCCAAUACAUUGUGGAAAAUUUAAUUCAACUACAUAUUCACGUAAUUUAACAAAUUAUGCAACUAGUUCACUUAUAUCAGGAGCAUAUUUUCCAUUUGGUUUAAGUAAAAAUCCAUAUAGAAUGCCAAUAUCUGCUGGUCAACGUAGAUGGGCACUUGUUCGUCCUUCAGAUGAACAUGGAGGUACAAUAACACCACAUUGUAUCAUUACAUCUAAAGACGAUAUCGAUUUUAUGUAUCCUGCACCGUUACCUUAUAAUCUUUGUCAAAUUUGGACAGCAUAUUUUGACUUUUUACGUGCACGUUUUUUGGAUAAAAGAGAAUCAAAUCAGAAUAGCGUUAAAGAUAACAAUAAUAAUAAUGAUAAUAUCAACUGUGUUAAUCGUCCAAUUGCUGAUAUUCAACAUUCCAGUUUCAAUAAAGCCAAUGCUUACAUAUCUUCAAAACAUUUAUCAGCCUAUGAUGAACGUGCCACUGAAAAGGAGAGUAUUUCAAGCGAUCGUUUACCAAUGACACUUCCUUCAACAUCUAUUAGCACUAAUCAUAUUUCCCAACUUCAAUUCAAUGAUAAAACUACAUCAGAAUAUAAUCCAUCCAGCAGUAAUAAUCACCCAUCAACUUUAUCAAAUUCAGUAACAUUAGAAACAGAACAACAUAAUCAGCCUAGAAAUAAUGACAAUAAUAAUACUAAUAGUUUAAUACAAACAUCUGAGAAUUCAAGGAAAGCUUUAGAAAAUUUAUUAGAAGCUGCUAGACAUGCAAUGUUCUCUUACUCCAUUCAAUCAUCGUCAUUGUCAGCUCCCUAUUUGUCAUCAAUGCCAUCAUUGUCAUCAACAUUUUGGCAUCAAAAUCAACAUAUUACUACUACUACAACUACUACUACCACCACUACUAGUAAUAAUAUUAAUAAUAAUCCUAUUAAUAACAGUAGUGAUGAUCAAAAGUUGUUCAGUGUACAAAUGAAUAAUUUCAAUAUAUUAACUAAUUAUAAGCAGAUGAUACCAAAACGUGUCGAUGCCCUGCGGAAAAUGUUACGACUUAUCGGUGUUGACUGGAAGUCAUUGAUAGUUCCGGCAUGUUUACCAGUGGAUACAGAUUAUUUUCCAGAUACUUGUCGUCUUCGUAGUGAAUGGUACACACUACAUGAUUAUCGUGUUGUACCAAGUGGUAUGUCACCAGAUGAAUGGGAUUCUAUGAAUAACACUUUUUCGGAACCCGGCGCUUUAUACAACCGUCGCCAAUUGACAGCUCGUGAAGUAUUUCAAGAGAUGGUACUUCAACGAAUAAGUCAGGGCUUUCAAUUAUGUCAUGAAGUUGUAGCACAUAAUCCGACUAAUUCUAACAAUGUCGAACAUCAUUCUGUUACCAGUAUUAAUACAUCUCCUACCACCAUUAUACAAAAUGACAAUCUUCCAAAUUGUUCAAACAAUAAACCUAAAACUUUGUCUGUAAUAAAACAAAACAAUGAUCGACAUACUGCAUCGAAUUCUCCACAUACAACAUAUCAUUCACGAAGAAUCUCAAAUAUUUCUACUACUGUUAUAGAUGCUACUAUUAAUAACAAUAUUAACAGUAGUUCUAGUUAUUUUCCAACUAGUAGAAAUACUACUAAUACUACUCAAUUUGCAAAAUCAACAAAUCGAUGUUUACCCACUCGUUUAUCAUCAAAAUUUCCUACAAUCAAUAAUACUGCUCAACCAUCGAGGGGAUCGAAUGUAUCAUCAUCCAUAUAUAAUGGACGUGUUCUAGGUGUUGGUCUAACUAUAAAUCCAUCGAAUAGAAGUGGAAAUCAAUCGAAUUGUCACAAUGGUAGUCGUACUAGUAAUAAUAAUAGUAAUAAUAAUAAUAAUCAUAAUAAUGGUAAUAAUAGAAAUGUUACCACAACCAUUAAAUCUAUAAAUCGUUAUACAAUGAAAAAAUCUGAUAAUAAUACUACUACAAAUACAAUGUUUAACUCAUCAUUAUCAAAAUUCGGUGAUACUGAUCAAUUAUUGAAGACAACAAAUACUCGUAAAUUAAGUAUUGGUCAUUUAUUUCAUUUAAUUUCAUUGGAUGAAGAUUCAAUUGGUGUGACAAGUUAUCGGGAAAUAGAUAAACUUAUUAAAAUCACUUAUUCAUAUGCAUUACAAGUUCCAGAUGCAAAAUCUUAUGUUUCAUUACACACUAAUUUUACAAGUGAUUCAACAGUUAUCUUGAAUUGGAAUUAUCUGGAUAAUUAUUUAUGUAAUCGUGGAAUUAGUGAUUCAUUUCGAUUACUCCCGAAUCUCAAAUUUUGGCGAAGUCGUUUCUUUGUAAUACCGAUUUUCAGCAAUGAAACUCGGCGUUUAGCUGAAGCUAUCCGUGAUAAUCAUAUCACUGGUCAACGAAUUCAAUGUGAUGUUUAUGAAUCCGAUUAUGUAAAUAUAAAUCGUGAAAAAACUUGUGAAAAAUUUGUUCAUUUUAUUGAAUCAAUUAAUCGGAUACGACGUACACCCAUAACAAGUCGAAAGUUAAAUCGUCAAUCUACUAUAGAAAAACCUGAUCUUCAUCGUGGUGCUACGACAACAACAACAACCAGUUUUAAUGCAACUAUUUUAAGUGAUACAACUAUAAAUUCUUGUUGUAAAUCUAAAACUAAUCUAUUGACUACAGUCACUCAUACACGACCAUCGAUUAUUACAUCAAUUAACACAACUGGUUCUUUGAAUGAAACCAGUGACUAUAAUAUACAACUAAUUAAUCGAGGAAGUGCAAUCAACAACUCAUCAAAUAUUGUUCAUAUAGAUAGUUUUUAUUCUACUACUUCAUUGCCUAAUAUCCCAGGAAUAUCAUAUCAAAAUACUGAAGAUCAAUCAUUUUCUACAAAUCCUGGUCAAGUAACACAAAAUACUUCAAUUUUUAAUUCAAGUUUAUUUAAUUCUAAUACUAAUAUCACUUAUUAUUUAGCAGCUUUAAUGAUGGUUGAUAAUGACAAUGGCCUACCAUUCAUUUCAGCAACUACAACUGAUGCAUUUCCUAAUUAUACUUUUAUCUCUAUUGAUGCAGUCAAUUGGAUAAUUAAAUGGUUUCCUGAUAUUACAACUAUUGAACAAGCUAUUUUCUAUCUACAACAAAUGCUAGAAGCUGGUUGGAUAUGUCAUACUUCAGGGAAUUCAAAACAUGUAUUUAUUUAUGGAACAUAUUUUUAUACAUUACUUAUUCCUGAUAUAAAACAAUUAACAAAUACACAAAUUGAUACUUCACUUAAUCUAUCUACAUUAGAUAAUAGUGAAAUGAAUAUUCAAUCUGCUCCAGUUACACCGAUUCAGUUGAAUAUACCAAAUACAAAUUGUACUAGUUCACCUUCUUCCAACACUUCACAAUCAAUAUCUGGUUUAUCAUCAUCUUCAAUAUUUCCAUUGACGACAACCACAUUAACAACAACAUCAUUAAGUACAUCAAAUAAUUUAAUUAUAUCUUGUUACUCUUCUACAAACAAUACAAUAUCAAUAACAAAUUUACCGUAUACUAAUUCUUUGAAUGCUAAUUCGAACCUAUUGAAUAAUUUAUCUGCUUCUGCUAUUUCUACUAUCACUACUAAUACUAAUACUACCACUACUACUACUAAUACUAAUAGUAUUAGUACUACUACCACUACUACUACUACUACUACUACUACUGCUACUACCUCGACUAUUAUAAGCAAUCCUAUCAAUACUAUUGUAUCACUAACUUCAAUUACAUCAUCUAAUUAUACAAAUACAAUUACUAAUACUUCAUUAUUAUCUCAUAUGAAUAUAUCAAAUCAUUUAUUUAAAACAUUAUCUAAUAUAGAUUUGAAUUUAUUACAACAAUUACCUAUACAAUUUCCUAAAGAUUAUUUACCAAAACUUUUAAAUGAUACAACAAAAUGGACUAGUGUAUUUCAAAAUGAAUGGGCUGAAAUAUCAAUUGUUCAUUAUGGUUCAAAUGAAUAUCAGAUGAAACAACCACAGCACCACCACCAGCAACAACAACAACGACAACAGAUUCUUGAUUCAAAGUAUAUGAAUAGUAAUAUUGAUACUAAUGAUACAUUGAAUGAAAUGAAUGAUACUUCAACUAUAUCAUCUUCCUCUUUUUCUACUCCAACUACAACAACACCAACAGCAACUACUACUACUACUACCACUAAUACUACUACUAUUCCUAUUACUACAAAUAAUUCUUGUCCAUCUUUAUCUACAUCAGAAAUAAAAUUUGAACAUGUGAAUGAAUUGAAUAGUUUUUUUAAUGAUGGUCUGUUAACAUAUUCAUCAAUUUCUACAUUAUUUGGAAUACCGGAUAAAACUGGAUUUCAAGAAAUUGACCAAGUUCUUCGUAAAACUUGUUUAUGUGAUUUGGAUGGACCAAAUAAUGAUGGACCAGUUGAAUGGGCUCAUUGUGUAUAUGAUGCAAAUUAUCAUCCAACUUGUGCUUUUUCUAUAGAACUUCAAUGGCUUGUAGUUACAGGCGGACGAAUGGCUGAACUGGUAUCAUUAUGGUAUCAAAAAGCUGGUACAGCUAAUUUACACUUUUUCCCAGUUCCAUGUUAUCCUUUUGGUCAGUCAAAUGAUGAUUUAUCUGAUAAAGAUCCGCUACGUAAACCAAUAUUUUUACCUAUUAAUGUCAAUGUAUUAAUUGAAGUAGCUAAAAAAUUUUAUAAUCAAUCACAACAUGAGAAUAGUUCAUUGAUAUAUGAAAAUUCUCUUUUGAAUAUGACAGAUUUAUUGAAUUAUUUAUUUCCUGAUAUUCCACAUUCAGAACGCCUAACCUGCAUUCGAUUCUUUCAAGAUUCCAUACUUAGAAGAUUUGGCUUUAUUAAUGACAGCUGUGUUAAAGAUCGUUUAGACUAUGAAUUACAUGGUCGAUUGGCUUUCGGUUCGUCUUGUUUUUCACAAAAACAAUGGAUUUAUGUACAUUGCAGUGGAGGUAUAUUUACCAUGAUACCUUCAUAUGAAAGUGGAGAAGUUCAAGGAGAAGAUACUACAAGAAACUUCUCUGUCAUUACUGAGUCUUCAGGAAGUCGAAAAUCUGAAGAAACUGAUCAUAAUAUUGAUCAUUUAAAAGAUGAUUAUAAACGUACAAUAAAUAUGGAUACAUCAUGCAUAUCAUCAGAUUGUACUGCUAAUUGUUUUACAAUACAAAAAUCGAUAGGUUAUUUUUGGACAUGGAAUCAUAUGUUACCAAAACGUUGGCGUGGUCAUCUUACAGGUGAUGAAUUAUUUCAAGAUGGUAUGUUAGCUGAUUUUAGAAUAUUUCUUAAUGGAGAAGAUGAUCGUUUAUUUGAAUUAUUCAAUCGGUUUUUGGAAACUUUAUUCACCAAUAAUAAUAAUAAUCAAUCUAUGUAAAUGAAAUCAGUGCAAUAUGUAAUUCGGAUUGAUAUGUAGAGAUUAUUUUUCUUAGGCAAUAAAGAGGCAAUCAUGAUUUGAUCUCGAUAUGUUUUAUUAUAUUUUACAAAUAAAG